GUGAGUAGGAGGCAGGGCGACUGAGGGUGGCAAGGUCUGGGCUGUGCCUUCAUGUCACGACAGGUUGGGAGAAGAGGGAGAUCCUUUGGUGUCUCGCCCCUGUGCCGGCCUUUGCGGGAAACAUCGCUUCUGGAAGUGAUGCCGGGUUAAUUCCGUUGGCGGGUAGAGAAGGAGGAUGGCAAGCAAUACCCAGCUCUGCAUCCGACGUUGGACUACCAAGAAUGUGGCCAAGUGGCUGAAGGAAGAAGGAUUCUGUGAAUAUGUGGAUGUUUUGUGUAACAGACACAGGCUGGAUGGAAUCACACUGCUGACACUCACAGAGUAUGAUUUACGAUCACCUCCUUUGGAAAUCAAAAUCCUGGGGGACAUCAAAAGGCUUAUGCUGUCCAUACGCAAGCUACAGAAGCAGCAUCUGGAUGUCCUAGAAGAGCUGGGUUACAGCAGCGAUGGUCAUGUUGGCACAGCAUGCCAGAGUGUUGGCUCGCUGCAGGGUGCAGACUGGUUUUGUAAUGGUGAAGUACCUCGGGACUGUGAUGGACCAGUUACAGACCUGAAUGGUGAUCAGUAUCAAUAUGCAAAUGGAAAAAACAAACACUUGACGCGGAGGCUGGACCCAGAGUAUUGGAAGACAAUUUUAAGUUGUGUGUAUGUCUUCAUAGUGUUCGGCUUUACAUCGUUCGUUAUGGUUAUAGUGCACGAGCGAGUACCUGACAUGCAAACGUAUCCACCUCUACCAGACAUAUUUCUAGAUAGCGUCCCUAGGAUACCGUGGGCUUUUGCUAUGACUGAAGUAUGCGGUGUAAUUCUUUGCUAUAUUUGGCUGCUGGUUCUCCUGCUUCACAAACACAGAUCCAUACUUCUGCGAAGGAUGUGCAGCCUCAUGGGGACAGUAUUCUUGCUACGCUGCAUUACCAUGUUCGUUACCUCACUCUCCGUGCCAGGCCAACACUUGCAGUGCACCGGAAAGUUGUAUGGCAGUGUUUGGGCAAAGCUCCAGAGGGCGUUUGCAAUAUGGAGUGGCUUUGGAAUGACUCUGACCGGAGUACACACAUGUGGAGAUUACAUGUUCAGUGGCCACACUGUUGUCCUGACCAUGCUCAACUUCUUUGUCACAGAAUAUACACCAAGGAGCUGGAACUUCUUGCACACUUUGUCCUGGGUCCUGAACCUCUUUGGAAUCUUCUUCAUCCUGGCUGCACAUGAACAUUAUUCAAUAGAUGUCUUCAUUGCCUUUUACAUUACUACAAGACUCUUUUUGUAUUACCACACGCUGGCCAAUACUAGAGCCUAUCAACAGAGCAGGAGAGCAAGGAUCUGGUUCCCCAUGUUUUCUUUUUUUGAAUGCAACGUCAAUGGCACUGUUCCCAAUGAGUAUUGCUGGCCUUUCUCCAAACCUACCAUACUGAAAAGAUUGAUUGGCUGAAGAACACAUGGCUCAAUUCGGAAUUCUAUGAAGUGUUGCAACUAAGAUCUUACAGGGCUACCUGGGACGAGGAGUGUAAAGUAAUAUCUUUUCACUUGGUGAUCUCUUUCUCCUUGUCUUGUUUCUUAGAUUCUUAGCCAUAAAACAGGGUUCCCAUACUUCACAGAGAUGUGUUUUGUUCUUGUGUUGCUAAAACAGAAAACAGUACAGGGACUGGUAAAGGCUGUUGGCAAACCAUGAAUAUGAACCAGAACACUGUUACCCUCAAUGAGGUUCUAGGUGAAUGUUUGUGACUGACCUCAAAUAUGUGCUUAUACUAAGUAUAAUACACCCUUUCCUUUACAGGUCCAAAUCUCUAUUACCUGACAUGCCAGCCUUUAUACAGAUGAGAACUAAAAGAUGAGAACUUGAUGAAGGCUUCCUUUUAAAACAGUCAUAAAUGUAAUUUUCAAAACAAACUCUGUGUAUGCUUAAAGAUUGGGGAGUACUGUGUCAUAACGAAGAAAGCAGUAUAGUCCCUUGCUGAAAGGGCCUCUUAACUGUUAAGUCUUAAAGUACAAUUGACAGUGUAAAUGGUCUGCAUACGGGUUGCCAAAAACGAAAGUCUGCCUUGUGGCUAUGCAGUGAUGACGAUUUUUGUUAUUUAGUCUAGUCUGUCAGUUGUCUCUGUGGUUGUUCUAGCACCUGGAAGUUUCCCUUUUGUGUUUAAAUAACUCAGUUCAAGUAAGUGCUACAUCCACUGAGAAGUAAGUUAAUUUACCUUUAGUGAGUUUAAAGCCACAAAGUAACUUUUGUGUGGUCUUAAUUGCUUUAUACCCAAACUUGUGCAUGCUUUUUAGGAAAAGGUUUUUAACAUUGGAAAAAUGGAACAGUUGUCUUCAUACAUCGUACUGUCCAAUAAAUGGAUGGGGAAAAUGCAUGUAGUACCUCUUUCAGGAGAAGUAAUAAUAGUGAAUAUUGGAAAUAGUGCUCAUAUUGAUGUAUGUUUUAGCACUCUGGUGUCAGCAAUAUGGUGAAUAUCUCUGGAUAUAUAUACACGGUAUAUUUGUUUAUAUAUAGAUAUAAACACACAGUAUACAUUCUUCUAACAAGUAUGAAAGGAGACUAGUUCUUCAUUUAAGUUUUUCAUUUACUACGCUGAAAGAUAAAAGUACCAUAUGCAGUUGAGUUUUGGUUGUUUAAAAAUAAAAGAACCCACAACAAGCCUUCUAGGCCCGCAACCCAACACUCCGAGGCCAUCGUGUGUAAGUGAGGAGCACGUACCUGGUGAUCUCUGAUGCUGUGGUUUGUAAGGGGACAACACUAGCGCUGGCUGUAGAGACUCGAAAUUGGAUUUGUGCUAAAGGAAAGCUGAUGAGUAAAAGGUGCAAAUGAUAAAAAUGGUGUAAACCUUUUAAUUUAGUUAUUGCAAUUUCAGAGUAGGUGAUAGGUGAAAUAGGUGAAGGGCAGCUUAAAUCAGCCUUGGAAAGUUACACAGAGCAUUUCUAGCUUGGUGCAAGCUGACUCGGUGGCCACAGCAUACUUAGGUUUGCAUGGAAAAGAAUCCUUUUGGAAUUUCGCCAGCCAGUUUUAUAUUUUGAGGUGUGUACCCUACAGUCGGCUACUCCUUGCUGUGUCGUGUUCCUCUUACAAAUCUGCAUUGUACUUACUUGACUGUCUUUCUCUCUUUAUAGUCUAUUACUGUUCUAAAUUAAUUUAACUCCUAUUCCAGUGAGGAACUGCACAUCCCAGAGUAAUUCUGCCCGCUGUAUUGAGCACACAUGCACUGUACUAUUUUGCAGACUUUUGUAUCUGUAACAUUCCAAUUUUUUAGCAAAGCUGCAGGUUUAAUACUAUAAUCUUCAAUCUGCCAUUGCUUGAUAGCUCCUGCCAUCAAAUAUGCUUCCACUUCAAGAAAAAAGGGUAAAAUAUUCAGAUUUAAAGACUUCUAAUUUGUUGUUCUUAACUUUCUGAUUGCAGAAAGGCAAUUUGAGCAUUCCUUGUGAGACCUGAUAAUCAGAGAGCUCUUUUUUUUAAUUUAUAUUUGCCUUUGCAAUGCACACACACUUACAAAUGCUGGUUUUUAACUGCUAGGAAACAGCUGUUCUCAGGAUGUGCAGGGUUGUAUUCUGAGUUAUGACAUCUGGAGAGGUACGCAAAUAAACCUGCAAAGCUGUGGAUUCUGGAAAGAACCCUGUCAGUGCUGAACUGAAAAGUUAUUUUGCAACUUAAACAUGCAGGAGAAUUUUCCAGUACAGCCUGAUGUAACGAUGUUUACAUAAAGUUAUCAUUUCAGUACUUUAUUUUUUAAAUUAAGUCCAUAACCUUUGAAACAUAAAGCUUCUCUCUUUGUUCUAAUUUAUUUUUUCAAAUUCUCUUAAGUAAAUCUGUAUUUUAAAUCAGCAUUGCCUGUCUGUUUUUAAAGACUUGUUCUUUUGUAGUGUUUGCUUGAUGCUCAAUGUCAGAGUCCAAGAUCAAUAACACACCGAGGUUGGUUUGUGAGCACUGAGGUAGGUUAAAAAGAUAAGUGUCCUCUUUUGUCUAUGAACACACAAGAGGAAGGCAUGAGGCUGACAGAAGGCAGAAAACCGAUCUCGCAUGGGAAAGAGCACAGGUCAGCCUGUAAAGUUGAUGGUGUGAGUGUUGUUUACUAGAUGGAAACAAGUUGCAAGUAACUGACAGGCCUGUACCUCCUGUUGAAAGAGUCAGUGUUUUGAAAGCGUUUUACUGCUUUGCUGCUGCUGGCAGGCACUUUAAAGGCAGCAGAGCAUCAUUGGGCCUCAGGUUUAAUGCUCAGUGUGUUCAGGUUUGUCUUACUCCCUUAUUUUCAUGCACUACACUUUUUGCUGUGUUUCUGUUUUGUGCAGAGUCCCCUCCUGUGGUCUGUGGGAGCACACACGCAAUCUGAAUCCAGAGCAAUGAAUGAAUUAUUGCAUGAUGUCAGCAAGUGUCUGACAGCAUGAGUACUGCAAAGUGCACAAAUUAAUCUAGCCGAAAAGUCUGAACUGAAUAACUCUGGGUAUACAAAAGAAACGAAGGGUCACAUUUUUUUGGUAGCUUAGGAAACCUGGUAAUAUUUGAGACGUGAUGAUAGCCUUAGCUUUUCUGUAUUCUCAAUUUGGGGAUGUGUAUGCACUUACCUAAAGGUGACAGACACAGAGGUGCUCUUCCCCUUCUUUGUUUUUUUCAUUGUACCCUGUGACACAGCUUCUUAUAAUAGCUUUUCUAAACUUUUUUCCUUUACUUUUUCCUUUUUGGAAGAUCCCUUAAAUUAGUGGUUUUAUCGCGUUACACUUGCAUACAGAAAUUUGACUUUCAUAGAUACGUUUUAGAAAAUUCUGAUUAUAUUGACAAAAGCUUAUGGAAGGACCUUUAAAGCAUGGUCUCUCCAGCUGUUCUUUAAUGAUUUUGGAAAGCUUCUACAUGUGCUUCACAUCCUCUGGCAAACAAGACAGUGCUUAGACGAAGUGUUGGUACAGAAUUGUAGGUAGGCCUGAAGUAUUUAAAUACCCAAGACUAGCAAGAAUUGGAUCCUAUGAGUGUACUGCUUUGAAUGAAGUUAGUUAUCUGUCUAGCUUUAAGCAAAUCACUACAUACUCCUGACUUCAGUAACGGUUACCAUUUUAGCUAAGCAUUUUCUUGGAGAACGCCAAGCUAAAGAAAUGGGAAUAGGUGAUGUUGCAUUCAUUUUGGUUUUCCCUGAUUUGUCUCCAUCCCCCCAUCUACUAUAGAUGAAAAUAUUCCAGCAAAAUUUCAAAGAGAGUACUGCUUAACUGGGUUCUGAGAUAAUAAAUCUGUGAAAAAAGUAUUCAAAUGAACCUUUGAUAGUUGGCUGCUUCAGAAAG